AUGAGUAGAAUACAAGAGAUUGAUAUUGAUACAGAUGAAGAUUAUAAUAGCAAUAUCCAACAACAACAGAAUAAUAUAAAUAAUGUAGUACAAAGAGAACCAAUAACACCAACAGUAAUAGCACAAAAUGGAAUGAUUGCACAAAUAAUGGAAAAGAGAGCUGAUCAUAAAGAUGAUGAAACUGGUGAAGAGUUGGAACCUGGACUAUUCAAAGAACAAUGUGUGUCAUUUGCAACUGAUGCAUUGGGUUAUAUACACGGUUCACAUACAUCGUUGGAGAGUUCUCGUGCAUGGAUCUGUUUUUGGAAUCUACAUGCAUUGGAUUUGUUGGGAUACUUGACACCUGAAAGACUGCAUGAACCAACUAAAACAACACAAUCAAAGGUGGUAGAAGGAGAGACGUGUGAUGGAUCCAUCAAAAGUCGUUCAACUGGUUUUUUAAAAAGACUACAACAACCAUCUGGUGGGUUUGCAGGUGGAAUGGAUCAAGUCAGUCAUAUGGUAUCUACCUUUGCUGCAGUUAGUGCAUUGAUGGUAGUCGAGUCGUACGAGGUGAUUAAUCGUCGUACAAUGUACCAAUUCCUAAUGCGAAUGAAGACUGCCCAAGGAUCAUUCAAAACACAAGAAGAUGGUGAAGAUGACUCACGUUCAACUUAUUGUGCAAUGGUAGUUGCCACCCUUCUCAAUAUUGUCACACCUGAAUUGAUACAGGGUGUUCCCGAAUACCUUGCACGUUGUCAAACCUAUGAAGGAGGGUUUGGAGGUCAACCUGGUGUAGAAGCUCAUGGUGGUUAUACUUUUUGUUCAGUUGCUGCUCUAUCUCUACUAAAUUCUCUUCAUUUAAUUAAUUUUAAUUCUUUAUUGAGAUGGCUUGUAAAUAGACAAUUAGAUUAUGAUGGUGGAAUUCAAGGUAGAACCAAUAAAUUGGUUGAUACAUGUUAUAGUUAUUGGCAAUGUGCAUUGUUUCCUAUAUUGAGGGCAUACGAUGAAUCAUUGGCAUCACAACAUCAUGCAAUGUUUUAUCAGAAUAUUGGGAAUAGUGUAGACGGCAAACAACUCUUUAAUCAACAGAAACUGCAGGAAUAUUGUUUGGUGUGUUGUCAGAAUGUGAGGGGUGGAUUUAGUGACCACCCUCAACGUGGUCGUGAUUAUUACCAUACUUGCUACACAUUGGCUGGUUUGUCGGUAUCACAACACAAUGAUCUCUAUCUUUCGGUCAAUUGUAUUAAUGGUAGUCGACAAGAAAUGCCUCCAGUUACUUUAACAUCAGAUGUCACUGCUCCACCAUACACUCUAUCCGAUUGCACAGACCAAGAAAAACUAUCUAAUCUCAUCGAACCAACUCAUCCAAUUUUUAAUCUUUGUCUUCCAAAAUGUGGUAAUGGACAAGUACCAUUUAUUCUAGAAGAUGUUGAUUCAAAAUAUACAAUUGGAAGAGUAAAGAGAACUCUAUGUGCAAGAUAUAAUAUACCUGUCAAAUCUCAAAGAUUAAUCUUGGGUGGUAGACAAUUAAAAAAUAGGUUUGUUUCUAUCUCUCUCACUCCUCUCUCUGUCUCUGUCUCUCAAACUUUUAAAACAUUGGAAGAAUACAAAAUUGAUGGUGAAUUUCCUUUACAUCUUGUGCUUCGACUCAGUCUCUUUGCUGUUGCUCCUGUGAGUAAUCCAAAUGUACGAGUGGCUGGUGAACAACCACCAUCAACGACUGCUACACUACCAACACUCGAACAAGAAGAGGCUGGUAUUGUCGAAGUAGAUGACGAAGAUGAUUAA